UGGGGGUCAAUAGAGCAUUGCUCACUGGGGCCCCUUCCUGGUGCAUAUUCAUGAUUAGAGCCUUUUGUUAUGGCUGGCCACGAUCUAGGCCCAGAGCAGAACGCGGGGCAAUGUUAAUGUGUAACCAGGGGGCGGGGAGGGUCACUUAACGUUUAAUCAACAGGCUUGAAAUGUUAGGAAGGAAACGUGUUCACGACAGAGGAUUUACAAAGUCAAGGUGAUGCGGACAGUAGAACCAUAACCAACAUCUUCACCUGGGUUCCAGCAGCCUCCAGCCCGGCCUGGAGACGAGCGACGACUUUCUCCUUUCCGCUCCGUGCAUCCCAGAAAACGCCUUCCCGAUUGCACAGCGUCUCUGCCCGACUCUUCAUCCCAGCCCGAGGGAGCCCCCUUGAAGAGGCUAAGAGACCUGGGCCCCUUCUCAUCAGACCAUGGCAACUGGCUCCAUAGCCCUUGGACUGGUGCUGGCUCCCAUGGGAUGGGUCUUGCUGCUGGCAGCCACGGUGACCCCGCAGUGGAGAGAAUUCUCCAGGCGGCCCGGCUUCCCACGGGACGUUUCCUUCAGCGAUGGUCUGUGGGAAAGCUGCGUGGAGGUGAUCGGCGUGCCGGGCAGGGCGUGCCAAGCCAUCCCCCAGGAGACUGCCAUCUCCUGGCCCAUGCAGAUGCUGAGAGCACUCACUGUCAUCUCAAUGCUUACAGGGGUCCUGAGCUACUCUCUAGCCCACGUGGGGGUACGCUGGUGGACAGACCAGCCCAACCCCGAGCUUACGGGAACUGCUGGACUCCUGCUGGUUCUCUCUGGAGCCAUGUAUCUAUGCGCCACAUCUUACAUGGCUUACGAAGUCCUAGAGAACAUGGCCAACCCCCAGACCCCCGCAGGGGACAAGUUCCGGCUCGGGACCUGUCUCUACCUUGGCUGGAGCGGCGGAGUAGCUGAGAUCGUGGCUGGCAUCUGUCUGGCUGUCAAUUUCCAAAGGAAGGAGGAAAGCAGCUCAGGGAAUGUGGCGGCUCCUUAUGAGGUGGAUUACUGAGGGGGGGCUACCAGGAAGCUGGAAGAGGAAACUGAGGGGGUUGGGGACUGUUCUCUGGGGGAUUACAGCUGUCUUUUCCUUGUGCACGGAGUCCAUGUGGGUCUCCCGCUGUAGCUGCUUGAGCAUGACUGUGCCUUUACCCUGCUGCGCUAGGAUCAAGCUGCACAUCUUCAGCCCCGCAGGACUGGCAUUGCUGGUAGCAGGGAUGUACAGGCUGGCCAGGCGGGGAAAAUCAACACCCUCAAUCAAGCUGAUUUUAAAGAUGGGCUGAUGAUCGUCUCCCUAAGGAGGUGUGUCAGGGGCCGUGCCAGCUUUGGGGUUUUACCAGCCUGUAGGUUUGUCUCCCUGAUGCUACUUGAAAACUGCCCCCCCUUCUCCCCCUCAACCAGGGGGAAGGGGCUGAGGGAGGGUGCAGCAGAAGGGGAGUGCACACGUCCAGCUGUGUCACAUCUGUA